AUGACGCUGCCGUUUGCGACGACGACCGUAAAAGCCGUCGCUGCGGAUAACGCCAUAUCACAGCUGAAGGCUAUUCGGGAGGAAGUGAUAAAAGCGGACUUCGAGGUAAAGAAAAGCAUUGGCGAGAUCGAAGAGUUCGUGGGCCCGGACAGGAAGCUGAACGAGAUAUGUUGUCAUGUCCGUGACAAAAUCACGUACUUACAGCAACAGGUGCAGGACAUGCAGGAGCUGCUAGAAGUCCUCAGUAGACGCAGAGACGAGGUUUCAGAAUUCAUGAACGCGGUCAAACACUAUAAGCAGGAAACCGUCAAUAACAACCGGCGACUACGGUCGGCAGUGCUGAAUUGUGUCCAGAACCGCGAACGCCAUGAACGACAGUUAUUGCUCACUUCUUCUCCUUCACCACCAGGAGGCGAUGACAGCGGCAUCCGUCAGAGGCACAUCGUCCGAGGUGAUAGCGUCGACGACGACGACCAUAUUGCCAACACAAAGAAACUUAACCGGGGUCUUGAGGGUUUAUUGACCCAAAUGGACGCGGAAGUAAAGAAGAGCGAACAGGCAUUAAACAUGCUUCUUGGUUCGUCCGAAAUGUUGUCCGACACGAAUACCGAGUUCCAGACCAUGGAUGCUCACGUGAAGAAGUCCGGAAAGCUUUUAUCGAAGUAUCAGCGACGAGAUCUGUCUGAUCGCGUAUUGUUUUACCUGUCAUUUUUCAUGUUUUUCGCCGUAGUGUUGUAUAUAAUUCGAAAACGUUUUAUUUCUAUAUUUUGGUAA